CCCCUCUCUUUUUCAAUUACACAGUUAACAGAAAUCUUGAAGAUUUACUAUGGGUAAUAAACCAUCUCGGCAAGAAUUUGUUUUGCACGCACCUACAGAGUUUUCGGAAGGCUUGGUGCGCCAUCUCAAAGAGUCUCCGGAAACGGACACAAGCAGAUGGAUGGAUAUGGAAGGAUAUAUCCAAGAACGCGUACAAACGGAAUUGAAAAAACUGCAAGACCGUCAAAGGAAAGUCAUUGAUGUCCUUAUGGAUGAAGAAUGGAAACAAAACAAUGAAUUGGAGAAGCAAAGCGAAGGAUCCUUGAACUCUAACCUUUUGAAAAACGAGUUUGCCGCUCUUCGUGAUAAAUUAGAAAAAGAAUCUACUGCUCAUCAGUCGAUAAAAAGCGAGACCUUGAAGGAGAUUGAAAGUACUCGGUCCGACUUAUUUGCAUGCAUGUCAGAAAAUGCUGAUAGAUCCCUUCUUUGUCGCCCGUUUGCAGAAAAGUUUGUUGCUCUCACAAGUGCUUUUAAAGAAAACUCUUCUGAUUCUUAACACAAAUGAGGGUGCUUUUCUGUUCUACCUUUAUCUUGCAACUGAAAAUCCGAACUUUCGCUUACUGUUUCACAUGUUCAUGUAAUCCUAUCUACUUGUAUAUGUGAUGCUUAUACGCUUGCAAAACCUCAACGCUUAAAACUUUUCCUUUUUUGAAUCGUCUUUCACCUGUAUCCUGCGUUCUUUCCGGAUAAUCCUUCGUCAACGAGUUUUGGUGCGAGGCAUACAUUUCUGUUGUCAUUUUGCAUCCAACCAGAUAUUAAAUCUUUCCUGUUUCCCACUGGUAUUAUGACAUUCACCGCAAGAUUAAUGAAAUUCAUCUUGUUAAUUUGCGAUUGCUACUUUUAUUUCAAGUACACUUAACACUGACCAAUAAAUAGAAAACCUGUAUUUCAUUGUAACUUUCUCAUAAAAUUUCUGACUGAACUGAACGAUUAAUUAAAUGAAACACCCUCCUCCCCAAAAAAAAAAACAUUUUUUUAUUUUUAUUUUUUUUAGCCAACAAACAUUUUUUGUGUGCCCAUCGUUAAGAGUUAGUAGACUCUUUUGGUUCUGGAAUGUCUGAUAUUGGCUUUGCUUCAGCAGUCUGUUUGUUUUCAUCCUUGUUGAUUUCCUUCUCUACAGGUUUCGUCUUCUCGUCAACUUUUGAGCUUCCUGGCUGGUAAAGCUCAUUUAAAUUAAACCUUCGCAGCUGCUCAUAAUCUCUCACGACACUCAUUCCAAUUAUGUUCUGACCAAUGUUAAUAAGAAUUCGAAAAAUGAGCGUCAAUGAAUACAUACUUUAAACACCUGGACCAUGAUAAGAAGGUCAUAGUUUUUCAAGUCAACUUUAUGCUCACGCCCAACACAUUUCGCAAUGGAUCUAUAAAUAUCAUCCUUCUUUAGAAUUGAGUGAUUUCGAAUAGUAGCUUGGACAGCAAACUAAGGCACCGGUGUUAAUACAUCUAUAUUUGAACGAAUUGCUUACCUUCAAAUCCUGUUGUCCUUCAUGAAAAUGAGGUUUCAAUACUUCUAAAGCCAAGUCUUCCAAUUCUUCAAUUGAGGCUCCUGUUGUCCUGACUAUGGGCGUCAACCUUUGGGUAAAGCGAGUCAUCUUUUUCGUCUUCCCUUCUUUGCAAGUGUAUUCCACCAAUCGAACAGGAUCUAUAGGAGGUCUUAUUUUUAUAAAAACCACUUAUUUCAAUGGUUACUACUUCAUCAUCAUAUAAUUAUAGCGCCAUACCACAUUGUAAGUCAAUCAAGAUUGGAGUCAAUAACUCCUUUUUACUCUUUUUCUUCUCUUUCAUUCCUUCCAAUUCGCGAGAAAUGGCUUCUUCCAAGUCCCCCUCAUCAUCAUCACUCUCUUCAGGUCCUAUUGUUUCAGGCCAGAGGGUAGCAACAUGCUGGCAACUUUGUUAGAAUCAGUAACAACAGGAAAUUAUAUUGACAUACUUGAGAGAGAACAUUUAUAAUUUCGUUGGACGCUUGUCUCUCUUUACCACGAGGUACCGUAAUCAAGAUUCCACUUUCAUUUUUCUCGAUGCCUGUACGUUUAAACUUGAGCUUUUACAGGUUAAUAAAAGUUAAAAAUGUAAAAUAUACCCUUUUUAUUGAAGCACCACCGUGCUUUGUGUCUGAAUGUUCGCGUUUUGCCAUGAUAAUGUUUAUUACUUUAGUUGGACCUAAAGUGACCAGAUUUGACACUUUACGAACGUCGGCAUAUGGAAUUUUUGUAAGAAUG